AUGUGUAAAUCUUUGUUUAUUAUGGAUAUUGAGGAAGUUCAAUAUUUGUCUGAAAAUGAAUACGUUUCAAUUGUUCCAAAUUUCUCCCAUCCAGUAAUUCAUUUGAUCAAAGGUUCAGUAGGCCCAUUUCAACCGACUACACCUCUUAAUGUUCCGUUAUGGAUGGCUAUUCAUUUGAAAGAAUCUCAUCGAUGUCGAUUUAUCUGUCCUGAAUGGCUAACGUACGAUACAAUUUCAACUUUAUUAAAAGCGGAACAACAAAAUGAACAUUUUACCCCGAUGCCCAAUCGUUUUAUUUUCAUUCUUUCACAAACUAUAAUGUCUGUGGCGCUCGAAGACAUACCAAAUGGCGACAAUAUUCGAUUAAUCAUGAAAGAUUUAUGGGAUUUAAGAUUAGCUAAAUUACGUACAUCCAUUGAUAGUCUAAUUAAAAGUGGCGCACUCUAUGCGAAAGUAACGCACUUGACAACAGUGGAAAUAUGUUUAAUUCGAAAUUUUCUUAAAAUGGCACUUAAACAAAUUUAUCAAUUACAGCAAGUUAUACCAGAUGAAUGA